UGGCCGUUCACUUUCCAGAAGACACCCCCCCCAAUGAUGAUGCAAAUAUCCAACUGCUUAGUCCUGGCACUGGCCUGCUCCGGAUUCCUACUGACCCUGGUCACCGCCGACGAGGAGGAGAUCUCCAUGACACUGGACGAGGUGGUGGAUCUGAUUGAGCCAUUCGGCGAUGGAUGCACUCCCAAGCCGCUCCGGGAGCACAUUGUCGAGAUGGUACUGAACAAGGAGGAUGCCAAGAAGGAGUCCAAGUGCUUCCGCCACUGUAUGCUGGAGCAGUUCGAGCUGAUGCCCGAGGGCCAGUUGCAGUUCAACGAGGACAAGACCAUCGAGAUGAUGAACAUGAUGUUCCCGGAUCGCGAGGAGGAUGGCCGGCGGAUCGUCAAGAAGUGCAAUGAGCUCCUCAAGGCGGAGCAGGAUAAGUGCGAGGCUGCCCACGGCAUCUCCAUCUGCAUGCUCCGCGAGAUGCGCUCUUCCGGCUUCAAAAUUCCGGACGUCAAGGAGUAGGCUCUCCCACAUAUCCUGGAAACCCUCUUCCAAAGAUUUGUUUUUUUUUCGUUAGUUUUUAAAUUAAAUUCCUUUAAGUUGGCGAACACGAUGUGGUUCCCAUAAAAAACACAAAUAAAGUGCCCAGCCAAGGAGAGAUA